AUGGUUUCGAAGCCUAUCAACACCUGCGUCCUUGGGGUCGGUUUAGCUGGCCUUACUUUCCAUGUACCCUUUAUCCUUAGCCUCCCGGACUUAUUCAUCCUCCAUUCAGUCCUGGAGCGCAACCCAACAACUCCCGGCGGAAAAGUCCAUGAGCGAUUCGGCGUGACCACGAAAAUCCACCGAUCGCUGGAAGACGUACUGGCCGAUCCGGAGAUCGAGUUGGUUAUCGUCGGGACGCCGAACCACACCCAUUACGAAUUCGCGAAACGAGUGCUAGAAAGCGGGAAGCAUGUUCUUGUGGACAAACCUGUGUCCGCGACAGCACAGCAAGCUCGUGAGCUCGGACAGCUCGCCAAGUCACGAAAUCUCGUUAUCUAUCCGUACCAGAAUAGACGCUGGGAUGCGGACUUCCUUGCUCUCAAGAAGCUGAUUGCCCUCCCAGCCUCUGAUUCUAAAUCACUAGGGACCAUAGUCGAAUUCGAGUCCCAUUACGACCGCUAUCGGAAAGGAUUGAAGGGGACAUGGAAGGAUCAGCCUCUACCAGCGAACGGUCAACUAUAUGAUCUAGGGACUCACAUCAUUGAUCAGACUCUCGCACUUUUCGGACGUCCGACGAAGCUGACGGCGUUCGUCCAAAACACCAGAGGCGUAGGACACCCCGAGGUGGACGACACAUUCUCCGUCUACAUGCAUUAUCCCGCAGGAUCUGCAUUGCCUCACCCGAUGACUGCCAUCCUUCGAGCUCAUAUCCUCUCUGUCCGUUCGUCGCAACUGCGGUACCUCGUCCGUGGGACACAUGGAUCAUAUACCAAGUAUGGCGUGGACGUACAGGAAGACCAACUGAAGACCUUCAACGACCCAGCAAUUCAGAUACACGCAGAAGGGUUUGGGAAGGAGCCCGAAACACUUUGGGGCACAUUGGAAACUAUCGGACACGAUGACCAGAUCACUACAGCAAUUUGGCCAUCUACCGAUGCAGGAUCGUACAUCAAUUUAUUCAAAAACCUUGCAGCCGUUAUAAGGGAUGGUGCUGAGGCCGAGAUUAGAUGGGAAGAAGCAACAGCUGUCAUAGAGAUGGUGGAGCUUGCCCACCAAAGUUCGAGAGAAGGCCGCACUCUCGAAGUUCCCAGUGCAGCCAACUAA